CCCCGCGCGCUGGCCUGUCGCUCCCUCGCGCGCGCCUGCCGCCCUGGAGUGCGCCCGGCGUUCCGCUCCCCUUCGCUGCGGCCGAGGGCGGUGCGGGCACCGAGCGCGGGGAUCGGCGGGGCGGCGGCGGGAGUGGGAGUGGGCGCGCGAGGCCGCGUCCAUGGGCCCGGGACCGGCGGGCGGCGGCGGCGGCGGCGGCGCGGGCGGGCGGCGGGGGCCGCGCGCUCUGUGAGGCGCCGGCCUGCGUGCGCGGCUGGAGGCGGCGGCCGGGGAUGCGGCGGUGCCCGGCCUGAGCCCGUUCCCGGCCAUGUCGGCGGCCAAGGAGAACCCGUGCAGGAAAUUCCAGGCCAACAUCUUCAACAAGAGCAAGUGUCAGAACUGUUUCAAGCCCCGCGAGUCGCAUCUGCUCAACGACGAGGACCUGACGCAGGCAAAACCCAUUUAUGGUGGCUGGCUGCUCCUGGCUCCAGAUGGGACUGACUUUGAUAACCCAGUGCACCGAUCUCGGAAAUGGAAGCUGUGCAGCCAGCGUGCCUCAGAGGCAGGCUUGUCAGGCGCAGGGGCUCGGCAAGUGGAGACGGGCCAGAACCCUCCCGACACCCUCUGUGUUCCGUUGCAGAAAUGGCAGCGCCGGUUCUUCAUCCUCUACGAGCACGGCCUCUUGCGCUACGCCCUGGAUGAGAUGCCCACAACCCUCCCUCAGGGCACAAUCAACAUGAACCAGUGCACAGACGUGGUGGAUGGGGAGGGCCGCACGGGCCAGAAGUUCUCCCUGUGCAUUCUGACCCCCGAGAAGGAGCACUUCAUCCGGGCAGAGACCAAGGAGAUCAUCAGCGGCUGGCUGGAGAUGCUCACGGUCUAUCCCAGGACCAACAAGCAGAACCAGAAGAAGAAGCGGAAGGUGGAGCCCCCCACGCCACAGGAGCCAGGGCCGGCCAAGAUGGCUGUCACCAGCAGCAGCAGCAGCAGCAGCAUCCCCAGUGCUGAGAAGGUUCCCACCACCAAGUCCACACUCUGGCAGGAAGAAAUGAGGGCCAAGGACCAGCCCGAUGGGAGCAGCCCGAGUCCAGCUCAGAGUCCCAGCCAGAGCCAGCCUCCUGUGGCCAGCACCCUGCGGGAGCCAGGGCUGGAGAGCAGAGAUGAGGAGAGCACCUCGAGCAGCGAGCGUGUGGACUGUGGCCGCAAGGUCCGGGUGGAGAGCGGCUACUUCUCCCUGGAGAAGACCAAGCAGGACGCGAAGGCCGAGGAGCAGCCGCUGCCGCCGCCGCUCUCCCCGCCCAGCCCCGGCACUCCCACCAACAGGUACAGUGGCUCCGGCCCGCCCUCCCGGGAGCUUGGCCGUCCCCUUCCUCCCCCAGGUCCUCAGCCCUCUGGCCGAACCGUCUGCAGUGGCUCCUUCGGCUCCCUGGACACAGCCAGCCGGCCCCCUACCCACGUGGACUCCGGCAGCGCUGGGGGGCGGGGUGCAGAGAGACCGGGGCGCGCCUCUGCCUUUAAAGCCAGCAGGCAGUAUGCCACCCUGGCCGACGUCCCUAAGGCCAUCAGGAUCAGCCACCGAGAAGCUUUCCAGGUGGAGAGAAGGCGGCUGGAGCGUAGGACUCGGGCCCGAAGCCCUGGCAGGGAAGAGGUGGCCCGUCUGUUUGGCAACGAGCGGAGGAGGUCCCAGGUAAUAGAGAAAUUUGAGGCCUUGGACAUCGAGAAGGCAGAGCACAUGGAGACCAACGUGUCAGCCGGGCCCUCGCUGUCCAGCGACACUCGCCAGGGCCGGAGCGAGAAGAGGGCCUUCCCCCGGAAGCGGGACCUCCCCAGCGAAGCUCCUCUCCCGGACGCCUCGGCCUCCCCCCUGUCUCCACACCGAAGAGCCAAGUCACUGGACAGGAGGUCCACGGAGCCCUCCCUGACGCCCGACCUGCUGAACUUCAAGAAAGGCUGGCUGACCAGGCAGUAUGAGGAUGGCCAGUGGAAGAAACACUGGUUUGUCCUUGCUGAUCAAAGCCUGAGGUUCUACAGGGACUCGGUGGCUGAGGAGGCGGCCGACUUGGAUGGGGAGAUAGACUUGUCUACAUGUUAUGAUGUCACGGAGUACCCAGUGCAGAGGAACUAUGGCUUCCAGAUCCAUACAAAGGAGGGCGCCUUCACCCUCUCUGCUAUGACGUCUGGAAUCCGGCGGAAUUGGAUCCAGACCAUCAUGAAGCACGUCCACCCGAUCUCUGCCCCCGACGUGACCAGCUCGCUGCCGCAGGGCAAAGACCGGAGCAGCUCCCCCUCGGAGACGAGGCUGCGGGAGAAGCAGGACGGGGAGCCCGGGGAGCCAGACCCCGAGCAGAAGCGGAGCCGGGCCCGUGAGCGCAGGCGGGAGGGCCGCUCCAAGACCUUCGACUGGGCUGAGUUCCGCCCCAUCCAGCAGGCCCUGGCCCAGCAGAGAGCCGGCGCCCCGGGGCCUGCCACCACACGGCCCGAGGCGGAGCCCGGCGAGCUGGAGAGGGAGCGUGCGCGGCGGCGGGAGGAACGGCGCAAGCGCUUUGGGGCGGUGGACGUGGCUGACGGGCCCAGCAUCGACGACACAGCCCUGCGCAUGGAGGUCGACCGGGGCCCGGGGCCGCCCGCGACCGCCGACCUCAGGACCCAGAACGUGCACGUGGAGAUCGAGCAGCGGUGGCAUCAGGUGGAGACCACCCCUCUCCGGGAGGAGAAACAAGUGCCCAUUGCCCCCCUGCACUUGUCCUCUGAGGAUGGAAGCGACCGACUGUCCACGCCCGAGCUGACCUCUGUGCUGGAGAAGGAGUUGGAGCAGAGCCAGAAGGAGGCCUCAGACCUUCUAGAGCAGAACCGGCUGCUGCAGGACCAGCUGAGGGUGGCUCUGGGCCGGGAGCAGAGCGCCCGGGAGGGCUAUGUGCUGCAGACUGAAGUGGCCACCUCCCCGUCCGGCGCCUGGCAGAGGCUCCACAGAGUCAACCAGGAUCUGCACGGCGAGCUGGAGGCCCAGUGCCAGCGCCAGGAGCUCAUCACGCGGCAGAUCCAGGCCCUGAAGCGCAGCUACGGGGAGGCCAAGGACGCGAUCCGGCACCACGAGGCCGAGAUCCGGAGCCUCCAGGCGCGGCUUGGCAAUGCCGCGGCCGAGCUCACCAUCAAGGAGCAGGCACUGGCCAAGCUCCAGGGCGAGCUGAAGCUGGAGAAGGACAAGGUCCGCGAGCAGCUGGAGGAGCGGCAGCACAGCGAAGCCGCGCUCAACGCCCAGCUGCGCGCCAGCGAGCGGAAGCUCCAGAGCGCGGAGGCCCUGCUGCUGGGGAGGACGCAGGAGCUGCGGGACCUGGAGAGGCAACAGGCGCUGCAGCGGGACCGGCAGAAGGAGGUGCAGAGGCUGCAGGAGCGCAUCGCCGACCUCAGCCAGCAGCUCAGCGCCAGCGAGCGGGCCCAGAGGCUGAUGGAGGAGAAGCUGCAGAGGAACUACGAGCUGCUGCUGGGGAGCUGUGAGCGGGAGAAGCAGGAGCUUCUGCAGAGCCUGAAGGAGGCAGAGGACAGGGCCAGCGCCUUCGAGGACCGGCUCCAGGACCACGAGCAGCAGAUGGAGGUCCUGCAGAAGGAGAAGCUGAGUGCCAAGUCCGAGGGCAGUGAGGUGGUGCACCGGCUGGAGGAGCAGCUGGAGAUGAAGGAGGCCAGCAUCCAGAAGCUGGCCGAGCACGUCCAGAGCCUCCGAGACGAGCGGGACCUGAUCCGACAGCGCUUCCAAGAGCUGAUGGGCCGUGUCGCCUUGUCCGACGGGGACGUGGCUGCGCUUGAGGAGAAGCUGAAGGGGAGGGAGGCUGACUACCAAAGCCUGGAGCGCUCCUACAGGAGGGUGGCCAGCCAGCUCCAGGGCGCGCACACGCGGCUCCGGGAGAAGGAGGAGGAGCUGAGGUGCAUCCAGGACACGCACGAGAAGGCGCUGGCGAGGAAAGAGCGGGAUCUCCAGGAUGUGCUGGUUAAGAUGACUGUCUUGGGGAGCAGCUUAGAGGAAACAGAAGUGAAGCUCCAGGCAAAGGAGUCCUCAGAGGACGCCGAGGAGCCACGGAGCUUCUUGGAAGAAGCCGAGGAGGAGGACGGCGUCGCGCGUUCGGGCCCACAGCUCCAGGCUGCCAGCUCACCUCCGGGGGCUGCCCUGGGGGAGGAGCACAGGGACAGCAGCCCCAGGAGAGAAAAGAGCCCAGUGCCCCCAAGGUCGGAAGUGUCCGACAGGGAGGGGCACCUGCAGAGCACCUCAAAGCCCGACCAGGGAGCACCCGGCCUUAAGAGGCAAAGAAUCCGGUUCUCCACGAUCCAGUGCCAAAAGUACACCCACCCUGACGGGUCUGAGAGGACCUGGACCAGCAGCACGUCCUCUGACACCAGUCAGGACCGCUCACCCUCGGAGGAAAGCAUGUCGUCGGAGGCCACCCCCAGCUCGCUCCCAGCGACCAGCGACUCGGACACCUACCUGUCCAUCAUCCACUCCCUGGAGACCAAGCUCUACGUCACCGAGGAGAAGCUCAAAGAUGUGACAGUGAAGCUGGAGAGCCAGCAGGGCCAGAGCCAGGAGGCCCUGCUCGCUCUGCACCAACAGUGGGCUGGCACCGAGGCGCGGCUGCGCGAGCAGCUCCGUGCCAGCCUGCUCCAGGUCGCCGCGCUGGCCUCCCAGCUGGAGCAGGAGAGACAGGCGAGGGCGGAGGUGGUUGAGAACCACGUGGAGGAGCUCGGUGACUUCCGGGUGAAGAACAGCCAGGCCCUGGCUUGCCUGGAAAGCUGCCGGGAACAGCUGCGGUCGCUGCCGGCUGACGCGGGGGCAGGGCUCCUGGCCGGCGUGGAAAGCUUGCUGGUCGGCGCCAUCCAGGCCCUGUGUCACCAGCCACCUCCCACAGGGGAGGCGGGUUUCUCGGAGGAAGAAAAAGCGACCUCACGGCAGCCACCAUACCUGCCGGAGCUGAGCGACCAGGAGCAGCUCCAGCUCCUUUCUGAUCAGAUAGCUCUGGAAGCCACGCUGAUAGACCAGAUAGCAGACUCACUGAAAAACACCACCUCCGAUAUCUCGCACGUGCUCCUCGAGAUCUCUCAGUCCGGAAAGUGGCCGCUGGAGUCCGAAAGUACCGUGGCCUGUCCUGGGGCCCCAGUGGAUGCCUGGGCCAAGAAGGUGCUGGUGGAUGGAGAAUUCUGGAGCCAGGUCGAGUCCCUGAGCCGGCACCUGGAGACGCUGGGCGGAGAGGCAGCCAGUGCCUCGGGAGGUGGGCGGCCAAACGCCCCGCCAGCCCCGGUCGCUGCCCUGGCCGACGCCACGUGGGUCAGGGCGGAGCUCAGCCUUGCCGUGCAUUCGGUGAGGGGGUCCCUCCAGCGCAGGCUGCAGAGCAUCCAGGAGACCCUGCAGGGGACACAGGCAGCCCUGCAGCAGCACAAGCGCAUGCUGGGGGAGAUCCUAGGGGCCUACCAGACACCCGACUUCGAGAGAGUGAUGCUGCAGGUCUCGGAAACCCUCCAGCUUCCAGCAGGUGCCGGAGAUGGUGUCCAGGUGUCCUGGACUGGGAGCCUGCCGGAAGAAGUACCAAGUCAUCCGGACCCAGCUGGCUCGCAGGCUCUCUGUCCCUUGUCCAGCCAGAGCUCUGGGGCCUUGCUUGCUAUUCAGGAAGAGCUCGCCCUGCAGCUUAAGGAUAAGGCCAGUCUCUUGGGAGAGAUCUCUGCCACUUUAACCUCACUUCUCUCUGUGGAGGCAGUGCGAGACUGUCAGAAGCUUCUCCAGGCAUCCCGGCAUCUCUCCCGUAGCGCUUGUCUGGGAGGCCUCGGCCAGUAUUCUUCCUUAUUAGUUCAAGAUGCGAUUAUUCAGGCUCAGGUGUGUUACACAGCCUGCAGGAUCCGCCUGGAGUAUGAAAAGGAGCUCCGGGGCUACAGGGAGUCCUGGUCGGGCGGGGGGGCCUCCUGUCAGGAGCACGAGCACGCUGUGGGGGCCCUGAGGGAGGAGUACGAGGGGCUUCUCCGCAAGCAGAAGAGCGAGUACCUGGAGCUGAUCGCCAUCGUUGAACGGGAGAACGCGGAGCUCAAGACCAAGGUCGCCCAGCUGGGCCAGCAGCAGAGGCGUCUGGAAGAGGGGCAGAGUGAGCGCCUGGCUGCCCCACGAGGGUGGUUUGAGGAGUGGAAGGUCAGCUACACAGGGGAGCGGCUGAGCCGGGCGGAGGGUGCGCCGCAGACUGCGCGCGGCAGGGUCCUGAGCCAGCUGGAUGCCUUGGCGGGGGACAGGCAGGACUUGGAGAGGCAGCCUGUGGACCAGGUGCAGACCCUGGAGGACAAGUUCCAGCUCAAGAUCAGGGAGCUGCAGGCCAUCCAUGAGGAGGAGCUGCGGGCCCUGCAGGAGCAUUACUCUCAGACGCUGCGGUGCCUGCAGGAGACCCUGCACCACUACCAGGGGCGGCCCCCUGCCGCCCCACCAGACCACGGACCCCCGUCCUCCAGCCGGCCAGCUGAGGGGGAGGCCGACUCCAUGAUGGGGCUGAAGGGGCGCAUCCAGGAGUUGGAGGCCCAGGUGGACGUCCUGCGGGAAGCGCUGGAGCACAAGGACCUGGCGGGUGGCGCGGCCUCACUGCGGGAAGAGCGCCAGAGGGACUUUGAGAGCCUCAAGGCCACGUGCGAGCGAGGGUUUGCAGCCAUGGAAGAAACACACCAGAAGAAGAUCGAAGACCUGCAGAGACAGCACCAGCGGGAACUGGAGAAACUGCGGGAGGAGAAAGACCGCCUCCUGGCUGAGGAGACCGCGGCCACCAUCUCAGCCAUCGAAGCCAUGAAGAAUGCCCACCGCGAGGAGAUGGAACGGGAGCUGGAGAAGAGCCAGCGGUCCCAGAUCAGCAGUGUCAAUGCGGACAUCGAUGCCCUGCAGCGGCAGUACCUGGAGGAGCUGCAGUCUGUGCAGCGCGAGCUGGAGGUCCUCUCUGAGCAGUACUCGCAGAAGUGCCUGGAGAACGCCCACCUGGCCCAGGCGCUGGAGGCCGAGCGGCAGGCCCUGCGGCAGUGCCAGCGCGAGAACCAGGAGCUCAACGCCCACAACCAGGAGCUGAACAACCGCCUGGCUGCUGAAAUCUCACGGCUACGGACGCUGCUGACCGGGGACGCCGGUGGCGAGGCUGCUGGUUCACCUCUCACGCAGGGCAAGGACGCCUAUGAGUUAGAGGUCUUAUUGCGCGUCAAGGAGUCAGAAAUUCAGUACCUGAAACAGGAGAUCAGCUCCCUCAAGGAUGAGCUACAGACGGCGCUGCGGGACAAGAAGUACGCUAGUGACAAGUACAAGGACAUCUACACAGAGCUCAGCAUCGUGAGGGCGAAGGCCGACUGUGACGUCAGCAGGCUGCAGGAGCAGCUGAAAGCCGCAACCGACGCACUGGGUGAAAGGUCACCGGAACACACCCCCGUGUCCGGCUACGAUAUAAUGAAGUCUAAAAGCAACCCUGACUUCUUGAAGAAAGACAGAUCCUGCGUCAGCCGACAGCUCAGAAGCAUCAGGUCCAAGUCCGUAAUUGAGCAGGUCUCAUGGGAUAACUGAAACGACCCGCUUCCCGGUCCCUUGUCGUGUAGAGUCUGAAGGAAGGCCUGACGGUGCAAGAUCGCCUGAAGCUCUUUGAGUCCAGGGACCUGGAGCGCGACUAGCUGCUCCCACGCAGCUCAGACGCACCCUCCCUGGCCCGCGGCCGCCACCCUCGUCUGUACCUUCGAUUUCUGUUAUCGUUAUCGUUGUUAUCGCCCUCAGUAACUGUGGUAUGGAUGCAUGAGAGACUGGUCUGUGGGUUGCUCACAUCACCCCUGUUGUGUUUACCGAAGCUUUUCCCCAUGGUUUUCUACGACCAGCCCAGCCGAGGGGCCGAGCGCAUGUGGCUCUCCCCCGUUGCCCCCGCGCUCAUGUCAGUAUUAAGGCCCAGCAGCCUGCGAUAAGCUAGCUCUGUCUCGCCUAGUGCGCGGUGGGGUCAGGGCCCGGGCGGGUCCCUGGGAGAGAACCGGCCACGAGGCGUGGAGGCGUGUGCUGCGGUCCCAGCGCGGAUAGCUGGUAGCCUGCGGGGGGGGGGAGCGUGGCCUAGAACCUUGGAUGUACCACCUUUGGGCUUCAGAGGAGGACAGCAUUUUGUAUUUGUUCCACUAAUGCCGCUUAGAACCACACCCCAGAUACUCGUGGUAAACCUUUCACAACCUGGAACAUGUUGAAAGCAGCCAUUCCUAUUUUUGUUUGUUUUUUAUUAAAUCUUGCACAAAACCA